AUGGAAUGUGUUAUUACACAACAAGUUCCUGGCAGAAAUGAAAGUCUUAGGAACAAACUAAAACAAAGUGAUCAAACAACAUUACCAAAGAAGGUAGUAUCCCUUAAUCCGAGUUUCUCCACGGACACUCCUCUAUCGCACGAGAAAAGCUUGCGUGGCUUUAUGAAGUUGCGAGGCACGCAGGCAAUGGCAUGUUCCGGUAGGAUGAAAACAGCUUUAAAGAGCAUGGUGCAUGGUGCCGGCUACAUCCAUCAGUCAGGCAAACGCAAAACCGAAAUGACCUUUCAGGAGUUGGAUUCAUGGUUAAAAACGCCAUUGUCUCCGAAGUUGAAAAUUUGCCGACAGUUCAUUCCGAUCGCAUUAUCUCCUUAUAGCUUUGUAGAGACAACAACCCAAAUGAACGAUGGGCGAUAUUGCAAAGAGGAGCUCAAAAAUAACAAUCUUCAAAAAGCUAUGAGGAACAGCUUCCAGGAAUUGUUGACAAAGAAGAGAACUGCGCGUCAAGCAGAUCUUGCCAAGCAGAUCUCGUUCAGCGAUCUUGCCAUUCCAAGGCUUAGCAAUUCAGCGUAUUACACAACAACCAGUGAAAAACCGAAACUGGAUAUAGCCCGUACAAUGGGCAAGACUCUUAAGGCCAUGAAACAUGCAAAAACUGGCAAGGAUUGA